AUGAAAAUAGACAUAACUAUUCUUUUGAUUCUGAUAUCUAUAACAGUAAAUAAUAAAUGUAAAAAGGUAGAAUGAAUAACCUUAAGAGUUCAUUACAGGUUGUUAGAGUGUGGAGGGUCCAUGUACAAAUAAAUGUGAAGAAGGUUAUUAGUUAUGUAAUGAUAAGAACAAUAUUCAAUGUGAAUAUGGCUAUUUUAAAUUCAAUAUUAAGAAUGAGAAUUAUUGUGUGAAAUGGUAUUGUAUUUGAUUUUCAUAAAAUAGUCCAUAAUCAUUUUUAGACCAAAUGAUGUACUUAUGUAUGGAUUGUAGAGAAAAUUCAGAGACUUGGUAAAAUUCAAGAUAAUGCACAUACAAUUAUGCUAUUACAGAUGGAGAUAAAGAAGGAGCAUUUAGAAAGGUUUAAAUAACUGAUACUCAAAUUUAUAAUAUAUUUGAAGUGGCAUCGUUAACAGAAGGAGGUAGUAAAACUUAUGAAACAGAAUUAUGUAUGGGAUGCUUUGGAUUUUGUGAUGAAAGUGAUGAAGGUAAUGAAGAUGAUGAAUGCAAUAUCUUAUUAAAUUAAAAUGAUGCCAUACAUAUUGGAGUAGUUUGUAAUGAUGGUUAUUACUUUGAUAAUGAUUUGUGCACUUAAUGUCCUUAUGAUAAAUGCAAAUCUUGUGAUAGUUAUAGUUGUUAUGAAUGCUUAGAUGGAUAUGCAAUUGAUUAUAAUUACAAUUGCCUCCCUUGUUUUGAAGGUUGUGCAAAAUGUGAGUAUCAUUUUGAGAUUAUAUGCUUGGAAUGUAUUUAAGAUAAAGAUAAUUAUUUGGUAUUGAUGUAGGAUGGACUUGUAUGCAACAAUUGUGAUUAUGCAUGUAUAAGAUGUUAAGUCGUAUAUGUGAAUGGAGUAGAAUAAUAGAGAUGUACUCAAUGUUAACCAGGUUAUAUUGUACACAAUGAAGGGGCUUGGUGUGAAUAUUUAGAAAUUAAUGAUUGUGAAAUAGGAUAUUAUGAAUAUUCCAAGGAUGAUGUGAAUAAAUUAUAAACAUAUAAUCCUGGUUUUGAAUUAGUAGUAGAUUAUUCAUCAAUAUAAAAAUGUUAUAAAUGCAAAUCAGGAUAUCAAUUAUCUGAAGGAAAUACUUGUAAUACUUAUACUGAUCUAUAUUGUAUAUCACAUGAUAAAGAUAAAAAUUUAUGUUUAGAAUGUUAAAAUAACAAAGUACUUAAAUAUGAAAAAGGAGAGACUAUUACUAAUUCUUGUUUGGAAACUUAAGAUUGUGGUAAGAAAAUUAAAUAUUGUUUAUAAUGCAUUUCAUUCACUGUCAAUGCAAUUGAAUAAUAUUAAUGUUUAAAAUGUCAAAAAGGAUAUUAUCCUGAUAUUUUCUCUAAUCUAUGUUUACAAUGUUAAUCUAGAUGUGAUGAAUGUUGGCAAUAUACUAAUAGUUAUAAUAUUACUGCAUAUUUAUAAUUAUAAUUAGCUGCAAUAAACUAUGAUAAAUUUAAAGAAGACUUAGAAUUAAUUAAAAAAGAAAAAAUUAAUGAUCCUUUAUGUUCAACUUGCCAAGAAGGAUUCAAUUUAUAUAAUAAUUAAUGCAGAGGUUGUACUGAUAGUUGUGUCCCUGGUAACUUUGAAGAGAAAGACUCUGAAUGUUUAUAUUUAGAUGAUACUGCUUAUUGUGCAAAAUGUCCUAUACCUUCAUUAUAAUAAUCAUUAACUUCUGAUAAUAGUGAAUGUAAUGAAUGUCCUAAUAAUUGUAUUGCCUGUAGAGAAAGAUCUUAGGAUGAAAUUAAUCAUGUUAAUCCAUUUUUUAAUCCAGAUUUUGAUCAAUUAAAUAAAUAUAGUAAUUAUUGUUACAGAACUGCUUAGCCAUUGAUUAAUUAAAAGAUUUAUAUAGACUCUUUUUUGGGAGUUCCUAUUACAUGUACUAAAAAUGAAAAUUCAAAAGGAUGUGAAAAAAAAUUGGAUACUUCUGUUACUGUAUAUUGUGGAGAAAGUUUUGGAACUUUAGGAUCUAAUGAAAUUAAAUUAAAGGAUGUUUAUAAAAAAUAGAAAACUAAAAUUGUUACUUUAUUUCUAUAAGGAUUAGAAAAUGCAUAAAAAUAUAAUGAAUACAAUCUAUAGACUGUCACACAUAUUAAUAUCAAUAUUGAUUUUAUAGGUGAUAAUCAUGGAAUUUGUUAAUUUGAUAAACCAUUAUAAAUUAAAUCAGGUUUUUAAAGGAAUAUUUUUACUUUAUAAAAAUUAUCAAUUGUUAUCAAUGGUCAAAAUUCAAUUUUUAAAUAAACAGGCAGAAUGAUACUCUAAGAUUAUUCUUCAGUAAUAAUUUAAAAUGUCAAUUUAAAAGAAAAAUCUUCUGGUGAAUUUGGAAUAGAAAUUUUGGGUUAAAAAACAAUGUUUACUAUGAUUAAUUGUAAAAUUAUUAAAGAACAUGUUGUAAGUGCAUUCAAUAUAAUAUUAUAAAAUACAAUAUUCCUCAAAUUAUAAAAUGUUGUAUUUGAAAAAUUAAAAAAUGAAAACUUUUUAAAUUAAACUUCAAAUAAUACAUUUUAAGAACAAGGUUAAUAUAUAUUUGAAGAUGUUCAUAUAAAAAAUAGUGAAAUUAAUGAUGUUCUUAUUACUGUAAAUUAAUUAGGAAUUAAUAAUAUUUUGUAAAUAAAUUCACUUAAAUUCACAAAUUCUAACAUUACUAAUACAGCUGUCUUUUAAGAUCUAUAAAUAACUUCAAGUUACAGUGUUAUUGUAGAUAAUCUUAAAUUAAUUAAAUGUACAAUUACAAAUGGAAGCAUCUUUAAUCUUGCUACAGUCAAAUCCUUUCAAGCUUAAAAUUUAGAAAGUGUUUUGACUUUAUUUUAAUAAGAGUCUAAUUUUAUAAUCAGUACUACUUUUAAAAUUGAAAAAUUAUUUUGUUAUCGAUCCUUAUUUGCUAAUAAUUCUGAACUUAUUGUUUCAAAUAAUCAAAUUUAUAACUCAGAUUAAAGAUCUAGUAUUUUAUCAUUUACUUUUAAUUUCAUUACAUUCAGAAAUAAUAUUUGUUAAAAUAUUAAUUGUUUGAUGAUUCUCUAUACUCCACUAAAUAGUUUUGGAAUUAGUACCAAUAUUUAAAUUGAAAAUUUAAUUAUUGAAAAUUUGUAGAUCUAAACAAUAAGCUAAUUAAGUAUAGAUUCUGUUUCAUCAGCCUUGGUUUCCUUAUAGAAUAUUGGUAACAUCAUUAUGAAUGAAAUAACACUUAAAAAUAUUUAAGGAAUAUCUAUUUUUUUUAUUGGAUAAUCAUAAUCUAUAGAAAUUACUAAUUUAUACUUUUUUUUAGAAAUUGAAAAUAAUAUGCUUUAUGAAUAUGAUGAAUAUAUAAUAGAAGAUUUUGAUGUUGAUCCAAAUCUAAACAAUUAUAUACUUGUAACAAAUCCAUUCAAUAAUUUAUUACCUAAUUCUCUUGAUUGUGCUAACAGAAAAUUAACUGCAUAUUUAUUUAAUUCUUAUCUCAUUUAUAUUGAAGGAUUUUAAGGAUCAAUCUUUAUGAAAAAUAUAGAAGUUUAUAAUAAUAUAUUCAUAGAUAGAUCUGCAAUUGUUAUUAAAUCUUACCAAAAUUUAUAAUAUAUGUAAAUGGAAACUAUUUUACUUUAGAAUUUAUAUUUUGAUAAUAAUAGACUUGCUUCAACAUUAAAUGGAAAGGAAAUGAGUUUAAUAACAAUAGAUUCAUAACAAAAUUAAAACAUUACUAUAAUUAAUGCUUAAUAUAAUCAGAAUCAUUUACAUCAAAUAACUGAUUCAUAAACAAGCCAAACUCCAGCUCUUCUAUUAGUUAUCUCUCCAAAUUCAUUACUUAAUUUAAUUGAUUCCUACUUCAAUUACAAUAGAAUUUCAAAAUCUACUAAUGGUUUGAUGUGGAUUAAAGUAGAUUCAUUUAUUUUAAACAAUUGUUAUUUUUAGAAAACAAAUAUUUUAGAUCUUUAAUGGUUAUAGUAUCUUGAAGAAUAACAAUUAACAACAAGUGAUCCAUAAACAACAGCUAUAAAUUUAAGUAAUAUUAUUUUUAAUUAUUUUUAGAAUAAUUCUUUUAAAUUCAAUCAAAGGGAUCUAAUUUUUAUUUAAUAGGUAAAUUCAUAAAUAUAAAUAAUUUGUAAAUUUAAGAAUCUUUUGGGUAGUCAGCUGCUGGAAUUUUCCUUGAAUUAUUAGAUGGUGUUGUUAUCAUUAAAUAAUCAUAUUUUGAAAAUAUCUAAAGUAGUUUAUAAUUAGUUGAUAAUACAGAAGGAGGGUGUUUGAUAAUCAAUUCAGAUAGUUCUCAAAUGUAAUUGGAAUUACAUUCAGUAAUCAUGAAAAAUUGUACUGCUAGAACUAGAGGAGGAUGCAUACAUUUAUAUCCUACUAAAUUCAAAUAAAGUAUUUUAUUUAAAGACUCAUAAUUCUACACUUGCCAAUCUUUAGGAUAUUCUUUUUUUAGUAAUCCAUUUUUAGAAUCAUCUGAUAAGCCAUUAAUUGAGUUUUAGAACAUAAUUGUAGAAGAUAAUAAUUACAAUAAUUUUAUUUAAAAUUUACCAGAUAUAUCCUUAUUAGAUUAAUUAUAAUUAACUGAGAAUUCUGGAAUCUAUUAUUAACAUACAGGAUAAUUAAUAAUUCGAAAUUCUAUCUUUACUAAUUUUAAAUAUGUAAGUAUCAUUAAAGCAGUUGCAAUGACUGAUAUAUUUAUAUCUCAAAGUAAAUUUACAAACAAUAUCCUCUUUUUAAUGCCACUCAUAGAUAUAUCAAUGACACCAACAACUAAAAAUCAAAUUCAAAUUAUUGCAUCUUAAUUUGUUGAUAAUGAAUCUACAGAUAUCAAAUCAGAAGUUAAUAAAUGUGAUGGAUUAAUCAAAAAAGGUUUGAGUUAAUCAUCAAUUUAAUAAACAUGUGAUUAAAUUAUGUACUUAAUUGACUUUUUGAAUUACCGAUACUAAGAUUAAGAAAUCUGGAAUAGCGAUGAAUAUUUGGACAAUUAUAAUUAUUUUAACGAAUACGAUAAAUAUGGUUCAGUCUAUUCAUAUGAUUUUUAUUUUGAUAACACAAUUCAAGUAGUUUAAAGAUUUAAUUCAACAAUCAAUAAUUCUUUGAUUAAUUGUAUUCUUUAAAAUAUGCUUAAGUAUUAAUUUCUUAUAUUUAUUUAGUUUAACUUUGGAAGUUGGAUAAACUUUAAAAACUUCUAUUAUUAAUAUAAAAAGUUUAUAUAGCAAUUCUUACUUAAUAUUUGAAAAACUCACUAUUGCAUCUAAUUAAUGUUUAAGAUGUUAUGGAGGUUUAGUUUAAAUAUUGGGAGUCAAUAUUGAUAAACAAAAGGAUACUCAUCUAUUUUUAAGUCAUAUAAAUUGCAAAGAUAAUAUAGCUGGUUAUUAUGGAUGUUUAUUAAUUUAAUAAUCAUAAGAUAUAAGUGAUUUUGUACCAAAUUAAAAUUUGUUUGAUUUAAAAGAUACUCAAUCUUCAAAUAGAUUGUUAUAAUUAAGUGAAACCUAUUCUGUUUCUAUUUAAAAAUCAAUAUUUUCAUCAAAUAAAGCUAGUGUUGGAACUAGUAUUAGUAUAUUAGGUUUGGAUGCUUUAAUAAAAGAUAGCAUAUUUUCAGAUAAUAUUGCAAGUCUUAUUGGAGCAGGUGUUUAUUAUAAGAAUUUUGGUGAUGAUUUUGAUACUUCUUUAUAUGUAUACAAUCUAUCUUUUUAAAAUAAUAAAGCUUAAGUUGGAGCUGCAUUUUAUUUAAUCAAUAAGGAAUUAGCAGAUGUAGAUUCAUUAUUAAUAAAAUUUGAAUAUAAUAAUGCAACAAUGCAAGCUAGUAAUAUUCAAGAGAAUUCAAGAAGAUAAACUAUUUCAAUGAUUGAAGGUUCAUAUUGUAAAGUUGAAGUUUAUCAAAAUCUAAGUGGAGAUUAGAAUCUUGAUGGGAAUAUAGAUAAUGUUCAUGAAAGAAUUAGGGAAAAUGUGACUCUAGAUUAUCAUAUGAUAGGCAACUAUCCUGAAAAAACAAAUUUACUUAUAUUACCAUCAGGAUAAUCUAUUAAUACAUAUGAAUAUUUUUUGGAAGAAACUUAAGAAUAUAUUCCAUAUGAAUGGAUAUUCAGAGUUAUUAAUUUAAAUAGAUUUAAUGAACCUAUAGUAAAUGAUUAGGAUGGAGAUAAAUGUUAAAUCUUUGGUAGAAUAUAAUAAUUCUAAAAUUAUUCAGAUAGUAAUUCCUUUACAAAUAAUUUCACCAUUCCUAAUGAGAUGUUAUAUACUAAGAAUUUAAAAGGUUAUGUUUUAGAUGAUAUGUAAUUAACCUUUGAUCCUUAUUUCGAUAAGAAUUAUUAUCUAGAAUUGAAAAGUAAUUAUUAUUUAAGAAAUUAGUUAAAUGUGAUAAAAUGGCAAUUCCUGUUUAUGCAAAUCCUCCAGAUUCUAGUCUUAUAGGAUACAAUAUGGGUUACGAAUUAAUGUUAAAUGUUAGAACAUUUCCUUGUUAACAAGGAGAAGUAUAUUAACUUGGUCGUUGUAUACCAUGCAGUCCUAAAUUAAAUUAAUAUUCUGUUAUUAUAGGAGCAGUUUUAUGUUCACAAUUCAAUUCUGAUUAUAUGAUUGCUAUUAAAAAAUCAUCAAUUUAGUUAAAACCUGGAUAUUGGAGACCUGAUUAUAAUAAUGAUGAAUCUUAAUUUUGUGAAAAUUUGGAUGCAAAUUGCAAUGGUGGGUGGGUUCCUGGUAAUCCUUCUUGUUAUACUGGACAUAUAGGAGCAUUAUGUGAAUCAUGUGAUCUUUAUUAGAUAUUUAAUGAAGAAAGAUAUACAUAGACUUAAGCAUAUAAAUGUGCUAGAUGUGCACCAACUAUGUAAUUAAAUUAUGUAGUCCUAGUGGCUACUUCAUUUACAUCCUUUAUUUCAAUGGUAUUAGCAGUAAAAGGUAGUUAUUUUUCAUCAAUGUAAUUUAUUAUUGAAGAAACACUUGAUAAAUGGGGAGUAUUAUUAAAAAGUUCAGAGAGUGAUUUAGCUGUUUUGAUGAAAGUUCUUACAAAUUACUUUUAAAUUAUUUAAUUCAUUGCUUCAUUUUAGAUAUCUAUUCCUAGUUCAGUCAAAUAAACAGCCAAAACUGGAGGUAAUCCUACUGAAAGUACUACAACAGCUAUGGAUUGUCUCUAUGUAACAAUGUCAGAUUUAGAUGUAUUAUAUUUUAGAAUGGUUUGGGCAUUCAUUUAACCAUCAAUAUAUUUAGUUGGUUUUUAUAUUGUAUAUUUUGUUGGAAUUGUAAUCAAAAUGGUUCCAUAUAAAAUUAAUAUAAUAACAACAGCCCUUAUUUAUUAAUUUCUUUAUUUAUAACCAUCUUAUGUUGAAGGAUUUAUUGUUUUAGCAUCUUCUAGAACUAUUAGUGGUUAUCCAUAUGUAUAGAGAGAUGUUGCAUAUAGAUAUGAUAGUGAUAUGCAUUAAUAUUACCUUCUAAGAUUUAUUAUGCCAAUGUUAAUUGUUUGGGUUUUGUUUCUACCUUUAUUAUUUAUGUUUUUAGUUUACAAGAAUAGAGCUACAAUUAACACCAAAUAAACCAAAUUGAUUUAUGGUUUCUUUUAUCUAGAAUACUAAUUAAAUAGUUACUUAUGGGAAUUUGUUAAAUUAUUCUAAAAAGAAUUUAUGGUUAUUAUUUUAGCUUAUUUUGAAGAUUAAGUGACUGUCAAAGGUUUGUUACUUGUAGUAGUUAUGUUUCUUUAUGGAUUCUAUUAAAUCCAAGUGUCUCCAUAUAGUAAUAGGAGACUCAAUAUUUUAGAUAGAUAUUCAACUGUUAUUUUAUCCAUUUCAUUAGCCAUGGGAGUCUUAUUAAAAUCAUGUUAAGAUUAAGAAUUUGGAUAUUUAUUUAUUAUUGUUGCUAUUAUCUUAAUCUUAAUAAAUGUUCCAUUCCUUUUAUCUAUUAUUUUCUGUAUUUUUGAAGGAUAUAUAAUUAAAUUGUCUCCAAUUCUGGAUAAAAUAAGGGAUAUCAUUAAUGAAAAAUACCCUGAUUUAGGUUAAAAGCAUCCAUGGCUAAGACCUUACUUACACAAUAAAGCUAAGAUGGCAAUUAAAGUUAAGACAUAUUGGGCUAUACUACGAGAUGCUGUCAAAGAUACCACGUAAAUUUGUAAAUAACAUGAUAUUCAAUUUAAAAAGGUUUUCCCUCCUUAUGCAAAAUCUGAUGAAGAUGGUAUUUGUGGAUUUGAGAAUAUUUCAUUUAGAAGUAAAGAAAAAAUCAAUGAAGAUAAAUAACCUUUAAUCAAAGAGUCAUUAAGUCCUGUUAAUGAUGAAAAUUAACAAAUAUAAUAACCAAGUACUAUAAGAAUUGAAAAUAUGUAAACUAAUGGUGUAGUUUAAAUUGGUUAAUUUUUCACUUCAUCAUCAUUCAUCAACAACUAAGCUUAAGAACCUGUAGGCAUUACAGGUUAAGGUGUUGAAUAAUGGCCAGAUUAGACUUAAUAUUAAGGAUUAAUUGUUAAUGGUAAAAAAUAAGGUAAGGGAAUCUUAACUUGGCCAUUAAAAGAAAAUCAAAAGCAACAAGAAUAAUAUGAAGGUGAAUUCGAUAAUAAUCUUUUUGAUGGUUUUGGUAUAUAUAAAUGGAAUGAUGGAAAAGUAUACGAAGGAAGAUGGAAAUAAGGUAAAAGACAUGGAUAUGGAAAAUAUUAAGGAAUCAAUCAAAAAUAUGAAGGAUAAUUCGAAAAUGAUUUGUAUUAAGGAUAAGGAACAUUGACUAUUGGGGAUAAGAUUAUUUCAGGUGAAUUCUUUAAAGGUAAAAUGAAUGGAGAAAUGGAAAUCGUGAUUGGUAGAAAGAAAAGAAAAGGAAUUUGGAAGGAUGGAACAUUUUAGAAGUGGAUUAAUUGAUA